CUUUCUCAAUCACAAUCAGUCAGAAACAAACUUAAUAAGGAACUGUUUAGCAUCUCCAGAGAGGGCUCUAAACCUAUCCUUACAUAUUUCUCAAACCAGAAAACUACAAGACUCCAAGUCAAGAUGGCAUCCAAGAUCAGACAAAACUUUCAUGAAGAUUCUGAGGCCUUGAUCAACAAGCAGAUCAAUAUGGAGAUGUACGCUAGCUUCGUCUAUCUCUCAAUGAGCUCCUUCUUCAACAGGGAUGAUCAGACCCUCCACGGGUUCUCCGAGUUCUUCAGGAAGAACUCUGACGAGGAGCGUGAACACGGUCAGAAGUUGAUGAAGUAUCAGAACAGCAGGGGAGGUAGAGUCGUCUUCCAAGACAUCGCUAAGCCUACCACCAUGGAGUGGGGAACUGCUCUGGAAGCUGUUGAAGCUGCUCUAGAGCUUGAGAAGACUGUUAAUCAGUCUCUCCUCAACAUUCAUGUUGCUGCUGGAGAGAAGGGAGAUGCUCAUCUCUGCGACUUCCUGGAGUCUCACUUCCUGGACGAGCAGGUGGAGGGCAUCAAGGAGCUGGGAGACCUCAUCACCAAGAUGAAGAGGGCUGGAGAUGGUCUGGGACUUCAUAUUAUCGACAAAGAGUUGUCAUCUUGAAUACCAUCUUUACUUGCUUUCAUCAGUUCCCUUUAAAUGUGUUAAACAUCUUGGCAUAAACAUAACAUCUUCGGGAACUUAAUAAAUUAUUCAAAUAUAUUUCAUUCUCAACAAAUUUUCGGAACAAAAUAUAUCUUUCAAAUUUCUUA